GGCUCGUUCGAGGGUUCUGGGACUUGAAAAGCGAAAGAACUCGGGGAAAGAACUGACAGUAGCCGACAGCUGAUCGUCACUGACAGAUGUGCGUGAUUUUGUUGUGCGGACAUUAGCCACAUCGUAAGUGUGGUGUAAACGAGGAAGUUUGAGGCAAAAGUGUUUAUGUAUUGUUUGAUAAAAACAAUGCAGCAGCAUCCUUGUUUAUUAUUAUUCAGUGAGAACGUUGAAAGUAAUUGUAGGUAGAAAAAAAAGUGGUGACGAAUGUUGGAGAAAUUGUUGAAUUAGAAUCGAAAUAAAAAAGAAAACUUUUUCAAUAAUUGAAGUGUUAUGAAGAUGGAAUCGGACGAAACGAUAGCGAAAUUAUUACCUGACGAAAGUCGGAAUAUUUAUUGGAGCAGAUACGAAAGAAGACGAUGGUUUUUUUCCCUCAUUUUUGGUACUUGCAUGAUUUACGCUACGAGAGCAUCUGUACCAUUGUCAGUGCCAGUAAUAAGCAAAGAAAAAUCUUGGACCAAAACCGACUCAGGAAUAAUAUUAUCAAGUUUUUUUUGGGGCUACACCGUGACUCAAGUCGCCAGUGGCUACGUCAGCGAUCGUAUUGGUGGCCAAAAAAUUAUCUGGUUCGCUGCCCUCGGCUGGUCGACUAGUACGUUUUUUUUACCGGAAGUCAUCAACUUGUUUGACAAUGUCGAUUAUUCGGUGCCUGCCGUUGCCACGUUUCGAGCUAUCAGUGGCGCUUUUCAAGGAAUGCAUUUUCCGAGUAUGAUAAGCCUAACGAGUCAAAGACUUCACGAAUCGGAGCGAGCCUCAUUUUUUAGUGUUUUGAUAUCUGGCUCAGCUCUGGGAAUUCUUCUGUGCGGUUCGUUAGGCUCUUACUUAUUGGAGAACUAUAACUGGUCGCUGGUUUUUCAGAUGUUAGGUGGUGUAAGCGUGGCAUGGACUGCGAUACUGUAUUAUCACAGUUUGUCCAUAAAUAGCAGUAGAGUCUGGAAAAAGUCUCCUGCAAAUGAUUUACCUUGGAAAAAGCUCUGGACCAAACCAUCAUUUUGGGCUUGUGUGAUAGCUCAUGCUUGCCAAAACAACUGUUUCUUCGUACUGCUCUCCUGGAUGCCAAUGUUUUUUCACGACACCUUUCCCGAAGUCAAGGGCUGGGUCGUAAAUAUGUUGCCAUGGCUGUCCAUGCUACCAUGCACAAUUUUGGGUAAAGUCAUUUCCGAAAAGCUCAUCAAUUCUGGAUACUCGGUCACAUCGACGCGCAAAAUAAUCCAAAGCUUUUGCUUUGUUUCUGGCAUCGUCAGCCUCCUUGUGCUCGCUCGAGUACAGACGUUCCAAGGGGCACUUUGGUGUCUGACUUUAAUUAUCGGAGGUUCAGGCUUUCAUAGCAAUGCUGUUGCUGUCAAUCCCUCGGAUCUUGCACCGAGACACUCGGGCAGCGUUUUCGGACUCAUGAAUACUGUUGGCGCUAUCCCUGGUUUCGUUGGAGUCUACUUUGCUGGAUACAUUUUGCACAUGACCCACAGCUGGCCUGUGGUCUUUCUUUAUAUCGCCGCUAUCGAUACAUUCGGCUGGGCCGUGUAUCUGGCGUUUGGAGGUGGUAAACCAAUCAUAUGAUUUUUUGUAUAAUAAGAUGGGUGUAUCGGAAGUGUAAAUAAAAUAAUUUAUAGACAA